CCACUUUUAUUUUUUUCGUAAUUGACAUCACGCCACGACUGGCAUUUCCCCAGGGGCAACGGGCACAGAUUAUCCAUCGAUACCGAACGAAAAGCUUGCAGAAAGAAAAAGAGCAAAAAAGGCACGACCCGGAGCGACAAAUCCCAACUUUGCGCUGAACACACCACUUCUGUCCCCUCUCUUGUGGUGCUAGACCCAUCGUCCCAAAAAAAAGUCAUGGAUAUCAUCCAAAAUGGUGAAAGCAGUAAAUCACCACACGCGCAAGGUAUUAAUGGAGAUCUUACCAAGGCGGAUGGAGAUGUAGAGAUGAUGGAUGGGGAGAAUGGUGUUGGCGUUGAGCUUGGGAGACCAGAGAUGAAAAAUGGAGAUGAGAGGAAGAGAGGGACAGCGAGACUUAUCAUGCCUCAUUGGGACGUUGCACCUGUUAAACCAAUCCACUCAUCUCAAGAUCUCAUAUCUCUACUCCACCUUGAUACCCUAUAUAACACCUAUGUCCGGCCUUUUGCCGACCUACCGGGAGACGAAAGCCAACCAGGAGCAGGAGCAGGAGCCGAUGGUAAUGAUACACUCCAAAGAGGGAAGAAGAAGGGAGCAAGUAUGCCAGGAAGGAAGAAGAUGGAAAAGGGGUAUCAGCAUCUGAUUGAAGAUUGUAUUGACCCAACACCGCUUGGAUACAAGAAUGACAACCCUUCAUUGUUACCACUACUAAACGAUGUACUUUACCCGUCUGCACCUCCUCCCACCUUAUCACAAGAGCCAAUAGAAGCUCUUCCAAAGGAAGCGUUUGCGAUUGCAAAGUUAGAACCGGGGACUGUGCAGGAUGGGUACGCCGGUGGUCAAAAAGCCGGUGUCAGGGAAGCAGAAGAAAAGCGAAGAAGAAAACGAGCGGCACGCACAACUACAGCCGAUAUCAUCUCACCUAUCAACGCUACUUUCCCCGGUCACAGCCAAGGACGCUCCUCCACACCUGGUACACCCCUCUUACCUGUCCCUCCACCUACUCGCGGUUUCCCUCCAGGGGCCAAUACCGCACGUCGGGGCACUGCUCCUCCGGGUCAAGGCGGAAGCGGGGGCGGAAGUGGCAUUCAAGGUGUUCAUCCUUUUGCUCGACAUGGUCCAGCUACGGGUGCUGGUCCAGGUGGUAGACCAUUCACACAGAGCUCGAAACAACGUCCGGCGAGUAUGGAAGUCCAAGGAAGCGGGGGUGGGAGGAAAGGACUGCCUAAUCGGUCGGCAAGCCCGAUGCCUUUAUCCGCUGUAGCAAGCCCUGGAGGUCCCGGUGGUGGGGGGGGCAAGGGAGGCGGGACAUUGCCAUCGGCGUCGGUCUCGGCUUCGAAGUCGGGGCAGAGACAGUUCCCGCCAAAUAGGAAUAAAAGACCGGGUAGCGCGGAUGUGCAGUCGGCACAGAUGAAGAAAUCAAAGGGAGGGAGUAGGUCGGCGAGUCCCAUGCCCGGCGCGGGUGUAGGCCAAGGUCAGUUGAGGAGAUAGAAGGUCUUGAUGAACUAUCAUAUCAUGCCAGAAAUGGAAAGAUGAAGUCACCCGUGAAAAACAUCAAGAAGCUCCAAGCCUGUGGAAUCGGUCCAUGAUCGAAAACUUUGCAGCAUUAGAGUAUUGGUAUAAUCUUCUUUCAUAUCAUGCUAACAAUGUUAUACUAGCCUUCAACAGUUGCCCCUCUUUUUUUUGCUUUCUGUUGGUCUAUUAAUAGUGACCAGACUGGUCGAGAGCCUGCUCAGCCUGAGCCUUCGCGUGCCUUUUAGCCUCCUCUCGGUCCCAGCCGUCAAGACCUAUUUUCCAUCGAGUCACCGUCAGUAUCCAAGCCAAGCUCCUCAAGGAAAAAAAGGUCAAAAGAGUUUAUGGGGACAUACCCUUGGUCUCGAAAAGCUUGUCAACCUCGGCAGCGGCGAAACCGGCCAGCAUCUGCUUGGCCAAAGCGUGCUAAGGAGGCUUGCCGUUCCUGGCAACGUGGUUUUCAUAAGCCUUCAUAGCCUCAAAACCGGCAGCACCGCUGAUAACCUCGUGAGAGAGCUUGGCCUUGUGGGCUUGGUUGUUAGGAUCGAGGUUGCUAUUUCAAGUUGUUAGUUUGUAUAAUAAUAGAAUUACUUUUGUGAAAAACACAAGAACGUAC